CACACACACAGUAUGUCCCGCACGCACUCGGAUGACGCGGAGGAAAAAAGGAGCACUGCGCCUUUAAGAGCAAGUGUUGGAGGCGGGGCCACGGCGCGUCUCUCGAAGGGUCGAGUUUAUAAAAGCAUCGCUCUCCACAAUUCCAGACACAUCAAGAAAGUGUUCACAGCUCAAGCGGAGCGCCGCCUCAUUCUCCGCCUCAUGCCAUCAGACCACCUCAGACUCGAGCGGACCGGAGGAACCGAGGAGGUAUAUUUCACGCAAGAGGAGUCCGGAGGCGAGUCAGCGGAGCACAUCGACGAAGUUAUUUAGGUUCACCAGAAGCCGGGUGAUCAGAGUGUUUCCUGACUUUGAUGCGACCCGAGUGCGCCUGGAGCAUGUCCACAGUGGUCCUGAGUGCCCAGGAGAUUUCUUUUCCCAUAGAAGACCCCUUCCUGAGGGGCGGCCACUGUCACAGCAUGGCCGAGUCCAAGCCCUCCUGGAGCUUACGCCAUGAGCCGGAAAACUUCUACUUCAGUAUUGAGACACAGUCGGAUCAAAGCUCUCGAUCUCACCAUAAAGGGCCGCCUCCACCAUCUCUAAAUCAUGAAAGACAGAAACACCGUCCCAGUUCACUGAGAUUACCACCAAAGAAGUCUCGGCCCUCCCCGCUCUACCUGUCCUGCAGUGCAGAACCUUCCACCCCGAGCCCUGCUGACGACGACCAGGUUGUCCCCUCGUUCCAGAGGCUCUCCGUAUACGAGUGCAGCAGUCCCCCGCAGACGCCAGGCAGGUGCUCCAAGCCUCUGCCCCCCAUCCCUCCACAAACGGACAUCUCCCCUGAGCAAGCUAUGGACAAUGAGGUGGAGUUCUUCACGAGCUCGGACGACAGCCGCUGCCUGGUGUCCGAUCAGUGUCCCAAAUCGUCUCCCUUUCGAUACGGGGUGCCCAGCCGAAGGAGCUUCAGGGACUGUGGUCAGAUUAACUACGCUUACUACGACGGCCCGCAGAGGCAGCCCAAGCAUCAGCAUCAGCAUCAGCAUCCGCAUCAGCAUCCGCAUCAGGCCCCGCCUCCACAGGAAUUGCGAGAGCAGCAUGAGCUCAAACGACAGGAACCACCUGACCCGGUGGUCAAUCAGAGACAGCAGGACAAAGCCCAGAGGAGACUGCGGCGCUCGCACUCUGGCCCCGCCGGCUCCUUGAGCAAAGCCUCGCUGCUGCGCCUUACGCACCCCAAGCGCCACGCCCAGAGCACGGACAAGCCCGAGGUGCCCCCCCCUAUCCCUCCCCGAACCGUCAAGACGGGAGACCACCGCCGCUGGUCAGCCGAGGUCUCCUCCGGCGCGUACAGCGACGAGGACCGGCCCCCCAAGGUGCCGCCAAGGGAGCCGUUUUCCCGAGGCAGCUCCCGCACUCCCAGCCCCAAGAGCCUCCCGACGUACAUCAACGGGGUGAUGCCCCCGACGCAAAGUUUUGCGCCCGAUCCGAAGUACGUCAGCCACCGCGGUUUGCAGAGACAGAACAGCGAGGGCUCCCCCUGCAUCCUCCCCGACAUAGAGAACGGCAAGAAGGCCAGCGCCACGCACUACUAUCUGCUGCCUCAGCGGCCCGCCUUCAUGGACUCGCCGUGCGUGGAGAGGUAUCUUCGGGUCGUGCAAAGCCCUGCGGCUCGCAGUUCAAGCGUGUCAGACUGGGACUGUCCCCCCAGGGGGAAAGCACAUGUGGAUUUAGUGUGAAAGAUUAAGUGGAAGUAGGGGAUGAACUUUACUAUCCAUGAGCAAAAGCCACUUGGAGGAAAAAUAAAAAGGGGGUGAAACUGGACACUAACAACCCUCAAACGGCUGCUUUUCAUGUUUGUUUUUCUUAAUUUUUUUUUUUUUAAUCCGCUAUGUAUUCUGAACACGGAGGGUGAGUAGCUUUGACAGCCGAGAAGACAUCAUGUAAGGACUAUAUCUCUGUCUAAAGAGCUCUCUUUGGACAUGACUUUUUAUCUCGUGGCAUUCAAUUUUGCGCAGUUUUGGGCGAUGUCGUGGUCGCUCAGAAGGUACAAGCGGGCCUUGGACCUCGUUUGUUCAGUGUUUUUUUCUGCGUCUUGAAAGUUGAGGAUGUUUCGCGAGAUGCUUCUACGCUGCUUUUGUAUCUCGCAACAAGGGACAAAGGGUCGGUAAUGUAACCAUUAAUAACUUAAUAUAUGAAGUCUAGAUACAAGGCCAAUUAAUUUUUUUAAACAAAAUGAAGGAUAUUAGCACACAAAUCUCUUUUCUGUUUGCUAUUGUAUAUCAACACUGUUUCUAUGCCUUGAUGAAGUUUUAGUUUUUCUCAGGCCAUUAAGUCUUUUGUACUCGUAGGUCGGUACAUUACUGGUAGCUACACAUUUUUCCAUUGGAACGUCUAGUGUGCGUGUGCGUGUGUGUGUGUGCGUGUGUGUGUGUGUGUGUGUGUGUGUGUGAUUGCGUGCAUGUGAGCAUAAGUGGAAAAAGUGUUCUGAUGAGGGUUUAUAAAACUGACUUUCUACUAUUGGUAGAAAACUGUCAACCAUACUUGUUACUGUGCUCUGCUCAUCUGCUGCCUGAGUGCAGCCUCCAAAAAGUGAUUGCGUUCUUUCAGUGUUUCGGGUCUGUUUUGUUGCACAGAAAUUGGCCUGUUGAACAUUAGGUGAACGCAGUUCUCAUUGAAAUUCUAUCAAACCGUAGGCGUCUUUUAUUUUUUUAGGGGCUCAACUUGUUAGUGAUUUGCCUCAAGUACUACCUCCUUUUUGUAUUAACGCUAUAGUUCACAUACUCUCCCUUUUUAAUCCACGAAACCUUUUUUUAAAUGAUGAUCUCCUACUAGCACCAU